CAGAAAUUUGUCAUUCAUUUCUAUGUUCAUUUAAUUGCUGUUUAGUUCAGUGUGUUUUAGACUUGUACUGUCAAGUUUUAUUUUUUUCAGCGUUUUAGAAUGUUUAAUUUUCAUUUCUAUGAAUAAAUAAGAAUUGCUCUAUUUCAGAGCAAAUCGAAACGAUAUUUACUUAAAAAUUACGCUGUGAUUUUCAUUACGAUGUAUCGCAGUAUUGUUGAAUAUUAUCCGGAACAUGGAGGCUACAAAUGUGGCUAUUGCAAAAGCCCCAACACAAAUUUUAGCCAUGGUAUGUGGGCCCAUUCACUCACUGUAGGGGACUAUCAAGACCUGAUUGAUCGUGGGUGGCGGAGAUCUGGCCAGUAUUGUUACAAGCCUACAAUGGAUGUGACCUGUUGUCCUAUGUACACCAUUAGGUGUCGAGUAUCUGAUUUUAAAGCUACUAAAUCACAGAAAAAGGUUUUGAAAAGGUUCAGCAAAUAUUUAUCUGGGCAAGAUAUAUCAGAAACUAGCGGGGAGAGGAAGAUGUCUACUUGCAGUGGUGGGGACACUGAGGAUUUGGGGGAAGGGAGAGAGCAUUUUGUUGAAAGUCAUAAAGAACACAGGGAUAUUGAUAUCAGCAAUAUAAAAAUGCGAACACAAUCUGGUGAUGUACCUAAAGACGGAGUGUUUCCUAAAGCUCAAGCAAAAACAGUUACAAAGCAACACGAAAGAAAGGAAGCUACUGGACCUGACCCAACAAAAGGCCCCUGCAAAAAAGCCAAGCAAAUGAGACGUGAAAGGAAGUUGGAAAAACUUAAAGAUAGAGGAAUUGACGUCACUACGCUUAGUAACAAAAACAAGGAAAAACAGAUUGAAGACUUUAUUAAUGAGUUACCUGAAGAUGUUAGGCAAAAGUUAGAGAUAAGAUUAGUUCGAACCACGCCACCUAGUCCAGAAUGGGAAGCGUCCGCCAACGAGAGCCACAAGGUUUAUGUGAAAUAUCAAACUGUUAUACACAAUGAAAAGCCAGAGAAAUCCACCAAGCCCAAAUUUUAUAGUUUUUUAGUCCAGAGCCCUUUAUUGGAAGAGUAUUCAGACAGCGGCCCGUCAUGUGGAUACGGUUCCUUCCACCAGCAAUACUGGCUGGACAAAAAGCUGAUAGCGGUUGGAGUCAUCGACAUAUUGCCCAAGUGUGUCUCCUCCGUGUACUUCUUCUAUGACCCUGAUUACAUGAACCUCACCCUCGGCACAUAUGGUGCGCUCAGAGAAAUAGAAUUCACUAGAAAGCUGCAUUCAGUAGCUCCGGAGCUGAAAUACUAUUACAUGGGGUAUUACAUUCAUUCAUGUCGCAAAAUGAGAUACAAAGGCAACUUUUAUCCAUCGGAUUUGCUUUGCCCUGAAACCUACGAAUGGUUUCCACUGAAGGACUGUUUACCAAAAUUGGAAGUUUCCCCAUAUUGCCGAUUAAACCCUGAUAUAGAUAGAAUUGAUACAAAUUACCCCACCGAUAGUGAUUUAAAUUAUAUUCCUAUCUUAGUUGACGGUGAUGCUAUGCUAUUUGAGCAGUUAAGAAGUAACAAUAAGAGUGUCGACAAAAAUAAAGUUACGGAAUAUGCAGGUUUUGUUGGCGCUAAAACCGCCAAACGUGUUAUUUUAGCGAUAUAAAAUUAAAAAAAAAAUUGUAGUUACGACAAAUUCAUCUUAAAAAAUAAGUAAAAGGUGAUAUUUUACGUUACACUGGAAAUUUUGUGUUUAUGCAUUUCAUUCUCGUUUUAUUUAGAAAUAUUUCAACGUUUUAGAUCGAUUAAUAAUUAAAUAUAUGUUUGUAUUUAAAUUCUAAUAUUUAUAAUUGUCUGCUAUUAGCGCCCUUUGUCACAUCAAACCUCUAUUUAAUUUUUUGUGUACCUAUUUCUGACAUUUUUAAUUAUUUCGUUGAUAAGAUACUUACAAUCAUCAUAUUCUGUUAAUUCUUUAAUCGUUGCUGCUAGUUUUAGUAUUGACGUUAUGUACUUAUAAUUUUCAAUUAAUUUUUAUGAAAUUUACUUUUGGAUUUUAGUUAAAGAUUUCAGUAUUUUUUUCUUAGUAUAUGACGAUUUUGAAUUAAUUAUUAUCGCGAUUACCGCAUUUUUAAAUUCCAUAAGCUUCGUUUGGAUAAUAAUUAUGAGUACUAGUCAAGUACAUUUUUUCAAUGUAAAUUUGUCGCAAGGUAAGCUACUUAUGUUAUUAUAUGAUGAAGGCAUUAUAUGUCCCUUUAUCAUAUACAUGCUAAAUAAUAUCAUCAGCAACAGUGAUAUUAUUUAGGUACCUUUAGUCAAAUAUAUUGGUAUAUGUUUCAAAACCUUGCGAAAACUGACUCCUCACGUUGGCAUGAUAUAACAGGAUAGCCAUCAUUCAUUAUCAGAUUAGACGAUGAGUUCAAGGCGGUGAGAUGAUACAAAAAGUCAUUCAAAUGUAUGUACGGUCGAGUCAAAAAGUGUUAUAAUAUUCUUAACUGCACAGGUCGAUUUCGUAUGCAAAAGUUUUUGAUGUACUUUUUCACUCGAUUAUAUAUAUUUUUGCAACUGUGUGGUAUUUAAUAUAGUUUAAUACACACAAAAUGAGCUCUAUUUCUAGCAAAUGCAAAAAACGAACAGAUGUGUAUAUGACUAAACAAUGGUACUGGUUGAUAUCAGUAAUCUAUUAAUGGUUUUAUUUUCAACAGUUGUUCGUGAAGUUAAAGAGGACUUCAGUUUUUAAAGUAGACUAUCUUAAAUCUUAUAGGCUUGGCUCUAAAGGAGUUAACAAACUCCUUGGUUAUUAUUUAUAUAAAUAAUAAAUAAAAGAACGCAAUAAUACAAAAUAUUACCUAUGACAAGUUGAAUCGAUUGAUAUUGUAACUAGGUAACUAGAUAAGAUAGAAAAUGAUUUAUUCACCCACCAAGUCUCCAGAUUCAGAUACUCCUUACUUUAUUGAUCCAAAGAUAUUUUUUAUCUAACGGUACUAUAUCUUGUGUUAACAAUAGAGAGAUCACUGUCCGUUUUUUUCCGCCUGCCACAAAAUAAAUAGUAAGAUAAACUAAAUUGCUACUGUUUGUUGUGUGCGUCACACAUAAAAUUUUCUUUGUAAAUACUACUUACUUAGGUAUUAAUUAUAUAUUUUUACCAUUGUUUUUGUUACGUUCAUUUGCAGAUGACUUUGAUAUGAUUUUUCUUGAUUUAGUUUAAAAUGAAAUAUUAUGUUUCUUUCGCCAUUUGGUCGAAGUAGCUUCAUUAUAAAAAAAAAACGUAUGGCACUUUGUAUGGUACAGAAUGUUCGUUUACGUUACACAUAUUUCACUGCAUCUGAAAGUAAAGCUUUUUAAGUUGGUAGGCUUUCAGAAAUGUGUUGCUCACAAUAAUAUUGAUGUUUAAAUACGAAACUAAAGUUAAAGAUUCUGGAAAGUGUGAAGUUAAAGGUUCUAACAAAUUAAAGUCUUCUAGAACUGAGCUAAGUUGCUGCGGGUGGGCAGACGAAAGAACCGCAAGUGGAUUUGCCUUAUGAAGAACGGAACCCAUGAAAUGACCCUAAUGAAACUAUUUGUUUAAACUGAGAAAAUCGUAAAUGAAUUCACCGAAAUAGCAGUUCACGAUCUAUGUAGUUUAUUUUAGAAAUUUACAGCAUUAUUAUUUCAUAAAAAGUGUAUUUGAGACAGAAAAUACCACACUUAUAAAAUUAUAAAUAUUUAAACAGUAGUUAAACAGAGGUUUAUUAUGCCUUUGGUCCCAAAUUCCAUAAAAAUUUCAUGAAAUUAUCGUAAGAUUAUUAUAGUUUAACAAAAAGUAAUUAAGGUAGUUUAAUGAAAUUACCAACAUGUGAUUCAUUUUACAUUGCAAUGUAUCACCUUAAAGAUUUACGGACUAGUAAAUGUAUGUUUUCUCCUGGACAUUAAAUGUGUUAAAAAUGUCCUGUCAUAUUUUUGUUUCCAAUAAAAGUGUGCUAAUAAAAAUUGAAAUAUA